GAUUGGCUCGGGGUCGCCGCGGCAGGCCGGGCUCCCUCCUCGCGCUCGGGCGGGUAUUGUCUGGCGGCUCCUGAGGCGGUUCGAGCGGCGGAUUCGGGGACCGGGGCUCGGGCGGCGGCGGCACCAUGGCAGGUGGGAAGGCUGGGAAGGACAGCGGGAAGGCCAAGGCGAAGGCGGUGUCUCGCUCGCAGAGAGCCGGAUUGCAGUUCCCCGUGGGCCGCAUCCAUCGGCACCUGAAGACGCGCACCACGAGCCAUGGGCGGGUCGGGGCCACCGCCGCCGUGUACAGCGCUGCCAUCCUCGAGUAUCUCACUGCUGAGGUCCUGGAGUUGGCAGGCAACGCCUCCAAGGACCUGAAGGUGAAGCGCAUCACUCCCCGCCAUUUGCAGCUGGCGAUCCGCGGCGACGAAGAGUUGGAUUCCCUCAUCAAAGCCACCAUAGCGGGGGGAGGCGUCAUCCCCCACAUCCACAAGUCUCUGAUCGGGAAGAAGGGCCAGCAGAAAACCGCGUAGAGGACGGGGGGUCCCACCCGGCGCCCGUCGGCGGCCCAACGCGGCCCAACGCGGCCGGGCUGCGCGGCGCCGCUCCGCUCCGCGGAGGGAGGAAACGUUUCUAUGGCUUUUGCGUUCCCCCGCCGUGGGGCGGCGGCGGCCGCGCUGAUUGGCUGAGGUUUCUCCCGUGUGUUUUAUACCAAAAUGGAACGGAUAAACCAUUUUUUACAA